ACGGUUUUCAAAUCCAUUCGGCGGCAAGCAAAAUGUUCAGCGGAAAUAAACAAGCUUGGAAUUAGUGUUAAAAUGUCGCUUAUUUCAGCUUGAUUCAUCAAAUUAAACGAUAGUGUCUCGCCGCGAAGUGCAAAAUGUUAAAAUAAGUGCGUGGGGAAGUGAAUAAGUUACGGGAUUUUGUGGAUUUAUUUUUUGCUGUGAACGAACAACGAAAACAAGAAGACCAAGAUGAACAGUAGUAAACAGAUUAGCGCGCGCACGGCGCGUCUCAACAGCCUGAUCCUUGGCCAGGGCGCUACGCUGCCGGAUGGUUCGGACGGGUUCGAUAUCCCGCUGGAGACGGCCGUCUCGCGGGAGGGCCUGCUGGACUCGCUGCUGGUGCUGUACGACGAGUGCAGCAAGGACGUCAUCAAGAAGAAGGACAAGAAUGUGGCCGACUUUGUCACCAAGUAUCGUCCCAUCAUCAAGGAGACCCGCACGCUCCGCGUCAACGUCGCCGACUUUGACGUCAAGAACCUGAUUGGCAAGGGCUACUUCGGAGAAGUCCACCUCGUAUCGGAACGCCACACCGGCGAGGUGUACGCGAUGAAGACGAUGCGCAAGUCGAUCGUGACGGCGACCCAGAUCCGCGAGGAGCGCGACAUAAUGGCUUCGCGGCGCUCCGACUGGCUGACCUCGCUACAGUACGCGUUUCAGGACCAAGAAUGUCUGUACCUGGUGAUGGAGUACCUUCCGGGGGGUGACUUGCUGAGUCUGAUGAUUCGCACCGGCGUGUUUGACGAGGAGUUGGCCCAGUUUUAUAUGGCCGAGUUGACGGAGGCGCUGCACGCGUUGCACAGUAUUGGGUAUGUCCAUCGGGACAUUAAGCCGGAGAACAUCCUGCUGGAUCGGUUCGGUCACCUGAAGUUGGCCGAUUUCGGGAAUGCAACGGCGAUCAACAAGGAUGGAAGCGUGACGAGCAUGACGCCGGUGGGAACGCCGGACUAUAUUGCGCCGGAGUUGCUGCAGACGUUGUCGACGACUUCGCGUACGAGUGGGAAUCACGACGUGACGUGCGAUUUCUGGUCGAUGGGCAUCAUCGGGUACGAGUUUGUCACCGAGUCUACGCCGUUCCACGAUGAGAACGUAAACGACACCUACUCGAAGAUCGUGGCCCACUGCGAGGGUCGGUUCACCAAGAAGCUGGAAUAUCCAGCUCACGUGUCCGUGACUUCACACUAUCGAGACCUGAUUGAUCGACUCGUGACGAAGGUCUCGAACCGGAUGGGAUACGCAGAAAUCAAACGCCACCCGUUCUUCAGCGACGUCAACUGGGACAAACUGCGCUAUCGCAUUCCACCGCUCAUUCCAACCGUCAGCAGCGAAGACGACACGUCCAACUUUGAGGACGUGGACAAAUCCCUCAAACGGAACGCCUUCUCAAGCAAACCCACGUACCCGAUCUCCAAGGUGAAUGACUUCAGCGGGCAGAACUUACCCUUUCUCGGUUACACUUACGUGUACGAAGAAUCCGACCCCGCCGGAAAGUAUCGCGACACCGACGAACACAUGGCCUCGGCCCGACUCUCCCAGAAGAUCAAAGAGCAGGACCGCCUAAUCAAGGAACAUAACGAAGAACUCCACCGCCUACAAAGAGAUCUCCUCGAGAGAGACCGCAAACUUGCCACACUAAACGCGCACAGCAAAAUCUACGGCGACACCAAGAAAGAAAUGGAAAAUCUCCAAGAACUGCUCAAAACCAAAACCGCCGAACUCGCCGCGGCCAAAACCGACAUCAAAACGCUGCGCAACCGCCUCAAAAUCGAAGAAGAGCAACGCCUCAAAAACGACGCCACGAUCGCCGACCUCCUCAAGCAAACCUACAAAAAGUGGGAAAAGGCCAAGCAAACCUCCGACCAAAACUACGAAAAGCAAAUCGCCGAACGGCGCACCGAAAUCGGCGCCCUCAACGACAAGUUCCGCAACCAAACCAACGAACUCCGCGCCAAGGUCGACGAAUGCACCCAGCUCCAAACCAUGGUCGAAAACUACAAAUCCCUCCUGAAAAAGUCCAAAGACCAACUCAUGGCCGACAAGGAAGAGUACGACCGCAACCACCAACAACUCGUCCUCGCUUACGACACCAAACUCGCCGAGCACCGCCAAAAGUGGAAAUCGGAAAAAGAACUCCGCAACCGCCACGAGGAGGAAAUCCGCGUCCUGCGCUCCCGCAUCCAAGAGUACGAGCACACCGCCAAGAACAACGAACAGCAAAACGCCAAGUUCGUCGACAACCUGAAGCGCCGCAUGACGAUCCAGCUCGAGGAGGCCCGCCAGGUGUCGGACAAGAUGAGCGAGGAGAUGCAGCGCAAGUGCUGCGACCUGAAGAAGGAAAUCAACAAACUGCAGCAGGAGCAGCAAAGUGUCACGAGCAGUGCCAACAGCAGCCAGCGCAGCAGUUCGCUGUUCAGUGUGGCCGAGCCCGAGUUCAAGAGUGCGCACUCGAGCAUUCAGGACCUGCCGGCGACGGCGCAGGCGGAGGAUCAGCUGCGGAACGAUUUGCAGAGGGCGAGAGAAAGCGAAGAUCUGCAGCGCAAACGGGCGGACGGGUUGGAGCAGGUGGUCGCUCGGCUCGAGAAGAUCAUCGAUCAGUUCAAGGCGUCAGGUGGCCCGUCAACGACGACGACUGCGACGACCGCGACGACCAGUGUUCGGGUUAGUGGUGGCGGGACUAGAACCAGUGGAAGUGGUGGCACGACGUCGCAGCUGUUGGAGCGCCAGAACGAGCGGCUCGAGGACAAGCUGAGCGCCAUCCGGGAGCAGUCGAUACUGGACAAGCAGUCGGCGCGGACGGCCAAUUUGGCACUGUGGAAGGUUGAGAAGGAGCUGGAGCGGGCCAAGUUGGACGCGUCGAUUUUGGGACGGAGAGUGGAGCAGGCGGACGAGCGGACGGUUAGGGUGAGGAAGGAAAAGGAAGAGGUGGAGUUCCGGGCGAAGCAGACGCUGGAGACGUUGGCGGGGAGGGAGAAGCAGAUUGAGGAUUUGAAGGUGGACAUUCAGCAGCUGAAGGAUGAACUGAGACGGGAGCGGUACACGAGGGAAACCGCCGAUAGGGGAAGGUUGGCGGAGAAGGCCGAGCUGAUUGCGUCGACGACCAAGUUGGUGAGUUUGGAGGAGCGGUUGGAGGAAGCUAAGGCGAAGGCGAACCAGGCGAAUGAGAGUGCGAGAAGCAUGAGCUCGGAGAGUGCGAGAUUGGAGCGGGAGUUGGGCGAGUGCCAGGAGGAGCUGAACGAUGCGCUGGAAGCGAACAAGGAGCUCGAGCAGAAGUUGGCGGCUGUUACGAAGAACUUCAACAUGUUGAAGGGAGCUUGCAGCAUUACGGAGACUCAGCUGACGGAGCUGGAGAUUCUGCUGGAGAAGGAGCAGAGGAAGAAUAAGGAGAGCCAGGAGAAGAUCGACGGGUUGUUCAAGCAGCUGAAGGAAAAGGAUGGGGAAGUGUCGAAGCUGCGUCAGGAGUUGCACCAUGAGCGGACGUCCAAAACGCUCAGCGAAUCCAAGUCUUCGCAGUUGCUCGGGGAGUACGACGAGCUGCGGAACAAGUUUGAAGAUCUCCAGAAACAGAUGGUUGAUCAACAGCGGGAACUGAUCGAGAAGACAACAAGCUUAUUCGAGGUGCAGGAACGCAUCGAAAUGCUGAAUCUCGACACUUCCAACUUGCAGAAAGUCGUGUCCAACUACGAGCACGAGCAUCACAUCCUGAAGGAGGAAAACUCCAAAAUCCUCACCGAUCUCUUCCUAGCAAAGGAACACAUUACCAAGCAAAACAACGACAUCAAGGACUACAAGAACCACAUCAACCAGCUCAACCACGAACUCGACCACGUCAAAUCGGUGCUCACCGAGCAGAAAACGUUCUACUCCGAGCGGGACAUCAAGUCGGAAGCGACGCUGGCCCAGCACAAGAAACUCAUCGACUACCUGCAAUCGCGCGUCGAAGAAAGUGCCCACAAAAAGAAGAAAACCCUCGCGGACAAGAUCUUCGGCACCAGCGGACACGACCGCAAGGAGAACGUCCCCCCGCCGAACCCAAUCAUCGUGGAAAACACCACCAGCUACAAGAAGCUCCAGGACGAGCUCCAGAAAGAACGCCAGCGAACCAACCAACUCAAAGAACAACUCCUGCGCGCCAAAACCGACAUGAUCACGAUGCAAGGAUCGAUCCGCAAAUCCCUCAAUAACGAGGAAAACGAAAUCGUCAAGGAGAAACGUCGCUCCAGCCGAUCUCCCCAAAAACCUCACAACAAACAGCCGCAGCAGCAACCGGAACCUCCAAAACCCCAACCAACCGGCAAACCCCACGUCUUCGACAUGACGCUGGAGACGCCCUCGUCCAAGAACCCCGUCCAGCUGUGCAGCGUCUGCGAUCGGCACAUCCUCGCCGGUCACCCCUACUGGAAGUGCACGGUUUGCGCGCGCAACGUCCACCGCAAGUGCCGCUCGGGGGCCGGUGAAGAUUGCCGCGGCCACGACGGCGAUCUGGACUCGCUCGCAAACGAGCUGGUCGAGCAGGGAGCGGGAGCCGGCACUAGCGAUACGGAAUCGCUGCAGGAUCGGGCGAGUUUGGCGCCGUCCGAGCUGAGUACGGCCGAGGAGGGAGCGACUACGGCGGGUGGAUUCGGGGUGAGCGUGGAGUACAAGACGAUCACCGAUGACGGGGAGGAGACGGAGGAGGGGUCGGAAGGGAACCAGUACGUAGGUGAGCUGCUGUUCAAGACGAAGCGCGUCGAGCCGAAGCUGACCAUCAACGAUGUGUACGACGUGAGCGAGAGUGUGGUGCUGUUGGGUUGCGAAAACGGUCUCUACUCGUACAACGUGGACACGAGCGAUUUGGUUCCGAUCAAGGGCAUCACCAAGGUAAAGUCCUUCAGCAUCUCGCAGCAGGUCCCGAAGGCCAUCAUCAUCGGCAACGACGGUGAGUAUCUGUACCAGUGCGAUCUGCGGCACCUGCAGAGUCGUGCCCUGGCCGGUUCGUGUCUGUCGCCCAAGCUGGACACGUUCGUGCUGGAUCUGUCCAUUGCGAAUCGAACCCACAGCGAGCGGUGGCACAUGGUGCGCAUGAUGGACGAAAUCCCCAGCCAGCAGCUUACCGAUGCGAUUGCCAUUGCGGCCACUUCGUCGCGCAUAGUGAUCCUCAAGUUCGACACCACGCUGGGACGGUUCAAACCGGUGCGUGGACUCGACACGGUGCGACCGGUUUCGUCGGUUCUUUUCACCAAGCACACGGCCAUCGUCAGUUCGGACAAGUUCUUCGAGAUCGACUUGACCACGUUCGGAGCGGAGGAAUUCCUGGACAUGUCGGACGCAAGUCUACGGGACAUUCGCUCGUGCACUCCGAUGGCCGCGUUCAAGAUCAACAGCCAGGAGUUUUUGCUGUGCUUCAAGGAGGUCGGCAUCUUCGUGGACGAGUUCGGCAACCGGUCACGACCGGACAACAUCAACUGGAUGCAGGAACCAACCGACUUCAAGUACCGCGAUUCGUGCCUAUUUCUUGCCCAUUCCGAUUGCGUCCAGGUGAUGUACGUUAGCAAAUCGUACACCAAGGAACUGGAGCGCAAGGAAGCCGCCGAAGAACGGCGUGCCUUCAUCAAUCUGAACGCGCCACGCCUGUUGGCAUUCCAGGACUUUGCGCGAACCUGUGUCUACGUCAGCUGCGAGUAUCGCGGUUCCAAGGAACAGGAAAUCAUCAAGCUGGACGGAUACAAGGCACUGCAGAGUACUUCGCCCAACGGGAUUAGCAACUCGAUGGAGACGCUGUCCAGCCUGGCCAGCUAUCCGACCACGGUGACGCAGAGCAACGAAACGUUAGACGGGUUGGGAAAGGCCGUUUGAGAGGAGUUAGAUGUGAUUGAAGUGAAGGAAGGGUAUUUUACGUUACUUUGUAAAGAACUGUUUUAAGAAACAUUAACUACAACGUUUGGUUUGUUCUAAAUAAAUAUUUUACCCUUUGAAGUAUUAAAA